CCCUCCUCUUUACUCUCCACCAUCUUCCCAGUCGUCCAUCAUGAAAGCUGUCGUACUUGGUGCCGCAGGUGGUAUCGGUCAGCCCUUAUCUCUUCUCUUGAAAUCAAACCCGCUCGUAACAGAGUUGGGCUUGUAUGAUAUCGUUAACGCUCCUGGGGUUGCCGUUGAUCUGUCACACAUCGCUACCCCCGCCAAAGUCGAAGGUUACUUACCUCCGGAUGAUGGCCUGAAGAAGGCACUGACCGGUGCCAAUAUCAUUGUGAUCCCAGCUGGGAUACCCAGAAAACCUGGAAUCAAUGCUGGCAUAGUCCGUGACCUUGCCGUUGGAAUCGCAACGCAUGCACCUAAAGCUUUUGUGCUCGUCAUCUCCAACCCUGUUAACUCCACGGUUCCCAUCGUCGCCGAGGUCUUCAAAAAGAAGGGCGUAUUUGAUCCCAAGAGGAUCUUCGGAGUGACCACUUUGGAUGUCGUUCGUGCAUCGACUUUCGUCUCGGAAAUCAUCGGGGACCGUUCGUUGUCCACUUCCGUUACCGUCCCUGUCGUCGGAGGCCACAGUGGCGUAACUAUCGUGCCCCUUCUUUCCCAAUCUUCCCACCCUAUUCCCUCUAGCGUUGCUUCCUCCGACAUCGACGCAUUAAUCAACCGUAUUCAAUUUGGUGGUGACGAGGUCGUUAAGGCUAAGGAUGGUGCUGGAUCUGCCACCCUUUCUAUGGCUUUCGCCGGUGCCGAAUUUGCUGGCAAGGUCAUCAGGGCACUGAAUGGCGAAAAAGGCAUCGUGGCUCCGAGCUACGUUAACCUUGCUGCUGACAAAACUGGUGGAGAAGCGCUCAAGAAAGAAAUCGGCAAAGACCUUGAAUACUUCUCAGCACCUGUUGAACUCGGCACUGAGGGUGUCGUAAAGAUCCGAUCUCUUGGAAAGAUCACUGAAGCUGAGCAGGUUCUUGUUAAAGCUGCCGUUCCCGACCUUGUAAGCAACAUCGACAAGGGCGUCUCAUUUGUAGAAGCAGCGAAACUCUGAUUUAUUGGCAGAGCGAAUGUACGAUUGAGGAUUCAAACAAACAAAUGUGUUAUAUUCGUUUGUACAAUUGUGGUUUCAAGUUUUAUAACUGCAAAUACCGAUUUAGAGGUCGCUUACGUAUACUAAGGCCAGGAACGAAAUUUAUAUUUCUAACAUGUCAAACCUUACUUACGCCUAAGUACCGUGCGC